GUUAGUUAUAACUGCUAAUAUCUCAUCCAGAUAUUGAAAAUUAUAUUUUUCUUUUUAAUCGUAUUUUAAUAUUCUUAAUCAUAAGUGCAAUGGUCGGGAAGUCCUAUAUCAGCGUCGAAUUUAUAAGUCUGGCUACUUUAGUGUUAAUCAUUUUAUCAUUAACAGAUUCCUGUAUGGCGAUAAAAUGUUUCAAGUGCAGCGUUACAUCGGAAAAAAUUAUUUUACGAAACGUAACAGUUUUCACACCAAUGUGUACGAAAUUUGACGAGUCCGAAGAAUUCAUAACCGACUGCCCAUUUUCAACAAUGUGCCUUAAAACAAUAUCAACACUUCAUUUGCAACACGAAAUGCAAGAUACUAUUACGAGAGGCUGCGCUAACCAAAAAGACACUACACAGGUUUUUAAAAACCGUCAAUGGCAACAAGAACAUUCGGUCCAAGAAGUUUACGAUGAAGGGUGUAUUGAGUUUAAGGAAAAUCAUUUGUCCGCCUCGGGAAAAACAUACUGCUACUGCCGUGGUGAUCUAUGUAACUCAGGACCUCGGGAAAUCUAUGCUGAUCGCGUAUUAUUAAUGAUAUACUUUAUUUUAUUUUCCUUUUUGUUCCUUUAGUAUAAAAUUAAGGGUUUAUUAAGACUUUCCCUAUGUGUUCUCUUGAAAUUAUACGUAAAUCGACCAUUAAGAAAAUACGUAAAUACAUUAAUAUAAUGUAUAAUUUUAUGCAUAUAUGUAAUUCGUUUACCAUAAAGACUCUGUAACUCUAAGAGCUCAUUUAGCCAAUACUUGGACAUCAUUUUACGUAACUCAGGUCAACCUACCAGCACCAGGUGUUUCUGCUUCAACUUGAUUAAGAAGAUAUAGAGAGCUGUAGGUUUUAUAUUCCUAAGUUAUGUUUUUUUAAAAUUGAAAACCGCGCGGGAAUCGAGCUGCCAAUAAACAACUAAUAAGGCUGUGGAAUCGUGAUGACAUGCUGAGUAACAAUUUUUAAGUUUCUGCGAAAUCUAAGUUUUGGCUAACAGAGGUCUUAGAUUCCUAAGUUAUGUAUUUUACGUAAAUUCAGAGCUGUGAGAGAAUUAAUCUAUCAUAUAAUACACAUAUUUUGCAUUAUUGCUUCAAAUACAUACACCAUGUUAAAUAUAUUUUUCGUACAAAUGUAAAACAUAUGGAAAUGUGUCAAAGCAAACAAAUAAGCAAAAUAAAACAAUGUAAACAUGGACGAUGAAAAAUAUCGCUGGUGCAAUCGC